UGACAUAAGUUUUAUCGAGAUAUUUAAUCAAGAUAUUGUAAAUAAUGGGGGAGGUGUAAUUAAUUAUUAUCUCUUGUUGAAAGUAGGUCAAACUGCGCAUGUGGAAAAAUAAACAGUCAAGCGGAAAUUUUUCGCAUUUACACGGGGAAUUCCCCGAAAUCGUAAUCACUGAAGACGCGACGAUUUUCUGUUCACUAUAAGGAAUGCAUAAACAAUUGGAUAAAUAAAUAAAAUUGCCAUUUCACAUCAGCCCGAGGACUCCACUCACAGGGGAGAGGUUUCAAUAUUCCGAAACUCGAAAACCGCAGAGUGGAAUCGAAUGAUUUUUAUUUCAUUUGAAAGCGCAAAAAUUGAAGAUUAAGAUGAAACAAAAUUUUUUAAAUUCCACUCGACCAAUCGGAUGGUAUUAACGAUUGAUCGAAGAAAUUCGAUGUUGCGGUUUUACUUUUCGAGGGACGAUGGACGGAAUAUUUUAAAUUAAUUUAUAAAAUACUGGUAAUAUGUAAUUUCUGCAUGGAUUUCUCACACAAAGACAUCAGAAAUGGGAUCUACAUUUUUGAUAGUGCAAAUAUUAGUCGACAUCUGCUGCGUAUUGACUUCGAUUCGAUUAUUCAAAUUAGAAUUUGACUAUAUAAAGACGAUGGGGAAAGUACAAAAUCACACUAUCUGUAGAAUUAUUCAGUGAUAACAAUGAAGCUCGCCCUCGUUGUCUUCGCCGUUUUAUUGGCACUUGUUCCCCACCACUCGGAGGCUGCAUCCCUCGGUGGAGCUCUCGAGGCAGCUAGCCAAAAAACCCAGGACAUAAUAAACGCUGCACUAGCUAAAGUAGAGGAAGUCGUUGAAGAUGUGAAAUCAAAAGCGGCAAGACUAGGCGAGGAAUUGCGAGGAAAAGUCGAUGACUUCCUGAAGAAGAUCGAAAAAGAAGUCGCUAACGCUCUGGAGAAGAUUCACAACAGAGUAAACGAGAUCGUCGGCGAUCUCGACGAUCCAAAUCUUUCAGAAUGCAGAAGACUCGCGGGAACAGUCCGCGAUACUUUCCUGUCAGUUGUCGCCGAAGAGAGAAAAUGCGUUGCUGAUAAAUACGAAAAUGGCAAACUAUAUAUUGCAGAGAUAUCCGAAAUCGCGAAGGAAGUCAGAAGUGAACUCAAGGCCCUGCGAGAGGCAGCGCACGAAUGCGCUGAGAAUGUUGAUGGACUCAAAGCUACAGUAGAGGCCAUCAUCUGCAUCAACAAAAUUGGGCUGCAAGCAGUUUGGGUCAGCGCAAAGAGAGUCCCAGAAGUAACAGCUGUUUCUGUCAAAUUGGGUUUUCUUGUGAAUACUCUGCCAAUUACUCUUCCUCAGUGUGCAGCGAAGAAUGGAUUCAGCAAGAUUCAUGAAAAUGUUGAUCAGCUGUUGUCGGGGGUGAAACAAUGCGUUAAGGAAGCUACGGAGGGCGGAAAUAAACCUGUUGUAACUUCAACAGUUAAAUUGCCAACGACUUCGGAGGAUUUUCCAGAAGCUACGGAAGUUGUGACUGAAGUCACGGAAGUUGUGACUGAAGCUACGGAAGUCGUGACUGAAGCUACGGAAGUCGUGACUGAAGCUACGGAAGUCGUGACUGAAGCUACGGAAGUCGUGACUGAAGCCACGGAAGUUGUGACUGAAGCCACUGAAGUUGUGACUGAAGCCACCGAAGUUGUGACUGAAGCUGACCUGUCCUAAAUAUUUUAUUCGUUACUAUUGUUACUAUUUAUAGGUCAACAAUAAUUAUUUUGAAUUAAAAGAACUCCAAUUCUAACCUAAACAGGACAUUCAUCGCUGUUGAUUAAUUCUAUCCAUUUCCCCGGCGAU